AUGGGCCCUUCCGUAUCACUGCUACUGCAGCUCCUUCUCUUCAUCCCCAUCGUCCACGCCACCAAUGCCACCGUCUCAGUCUACGACGAGUCCAAGAAGUACAAAUAUGACGGGUGCUACAAUGAGACAACCCAAGUCCCUGGCUCGGCCGAUACGCGUGCCUUAGGUGGCGGAAUCGAGGAAAGCCUGCCGGGUCAGAUGACGGUGCCGACAUGUCUUGCUUUCUGCGGCAACGGCAACACAGAGUACCGAUAUGCUGGGCUGGAGUGGUCGAGAGAAUGCUGGUGCGCCCAGACACUGUCUGGAAUCGCGGAGAAACUGGACGACACGGCUUGCAAUUACCCUUGUGAGGGCGACAAUACAACUGCCUGCGGUGGCUCUUUGAAGCUCACAGACUGGUGA